GAGGGUGUGACCCACGCCGGGUGUUUCUGCUCGGUAUUGCCACUGGUAGCGCCUGCAGCGCACUGGACAGGCCGACCCGCCGAGCAGCCGUGUGGAGCCGGCGGCCUGCCCUACUCUCCGCCGGGCACGUCCCACGUACACGCACGCACCCUGACGUACGAGAGGAGGGAUGUUCGCGUCGCACCAGCUCCACAGUUGGGGCGGGUUCGCGAGCCCUUGAACAGUUUGCAGCCCCCGCCUGGAGCGCGCCGGUGGGAGGGUGGGGCCGCGGUGGUGGGGGAGGGAUGCUGCACCCCCACCCCCCACGCGCUGGUCCAGGAGGGGCGAUGCGAUGGGCCAGAACGCGUGUGGAAGCGAGCGGCGGCGGCGGCCGAGACGAGCGAAGGGACCCAUCAGCCGCGAUCAGCCGGGCGAUCAGGACGAGGACGCGGCGCGUGGCGGCGCGUACGCGACAUCACAGCCCCUCCCGCGAGCGUCCACGAGGGCGCGCGCCUCGGCCCGGGCCAGCGAGGCCGGCGGCGGCGGGCGCGAUGUGAAGCAGUGUCUGGUGUCGGUGGCGCCGUUCUGGUGCGGAGGAGGGGUCCAUUGUGACAUUUGGAUAUUUCCACCGAGCAUGCCUUCUGCAUCCACGAGUCGCGGCGGGACGCCACUGGGCGCGCACUCGGCCGUCGUGCACGUGUCGCCGGGCCGGAUGGGCUUCACGGAGCAGGAGCUGUCCAACAUCCACAACGCCCGCUGGCUGGAGGCCGUCAUCAACUGGCUCAGCGGCUUCCGCAACGACACGCACGACUUCUCGCGGCCGCAGCUGCGCCUCGGCAUCGAGCCCUUCUGGGGGUUGUUCGUGGCGCUGUACGGCGCCGUCGUGGUGCUGGGCCUCAUCAUGAACGUGCUCGCCAUCACGAGGAUGUGGCGCGCCCCCGGCAGCGCGGGCCGCGGCGCCAGCAACAGCCGCGGCCCGCGCACCACCAUGCGCCUGCUCACCAACAUCUGCGUCGCCAACAUGCUGCAGUGCGCCGUCGUCCUGCCGCUGUCCGCCAUCGUGCUCAUGGUCCAAAACUGGGUGUUUGGGCCCGUCAUGUGCUACGUCCUGCCCAUGAUUCAGACCAGUAGUCUACAAAUUCAGACUGGACCCGGGUCUGAAAUUUCAGUGGUGCCUUACCAUACCACUUAG